AUGGCUGAAAAAAGUGCAAAAAAAGUUAAGAGUUCAGGGCCCUCUGCAAUUGGAAAAUUCUACCUUUUGUCAUAUAAUGCUAUCCAAACUUUAGGAUGGUCGUACAUGCUGAUACAAUCAUUUAUACAUUUCCUGGAUCGUGGAAGUUUGGAUACUUUCUGGCCAGUUAUUAAAACAACUGUUGUUGUAUUUCAGAAUGCAGCUGUCCUUGAGGUGGUACACGCUUUAAUCGGCCUAGUACCCUCUGGAGUCGCGGUUGUAUUGCCACAAGUGUACUCGCGCGUCUUUUUAGUAUGUGGUUGUCUGUUAGCUACUGAGUCCGCCACUGUGAGUCCCGGUCUGCCCCUGUGUAUACUGGCCUGGUCUGUCACGGAGAUCAUAAGAUACGCCUACUACACUCUUAAUCUGAUCAACAGUGUACCAGAAACAUUACUAUUUCUCAGAUAUUCCACCUUCCUGUUUCUCUACCCAUUGGGAAUUACUGGAGAGCUGUUGUGCAUGUAUCACUCUCUGGAUGAGAUCGCAGAAAAACAAUUGUUCACAAUAUCUAUGCCUAACGCGUGGAAUGUGGCAUUUAACUACUAUUAUUUCUUAGUCUUCUACAUGUUCUUAUACAUUCCUAUCUUCCCCUUCCUGUACGGACACAUGUUGGCGCAACGAAGAAAAAUGCUCAGCAAAGAUGCAAAGAAAACUAAAUAA